GAUGAAGGCUUUCAGGUCAAUGCUGAAGACAAUCAAGCUGGCCAUUCUUCUGUGCCAGCUUGGCCUAAUUUUGAGGGUUGAUGGCCAGAUACCAACAGCUUGUAUUGUAAGCACUACAAACAGACCUCCAGAAAACUCGGACAUAAACGUCACCUGCGGCACUAGGCACAUGGAACUGAGCAUCUACCUUUGCCCAAUGUACAAUGCUCUUUACAAUGAGUCUCUGAUGGUCCUCAAUAAUCAGGUCAACAAUCUCAGGUGUUAUGGGACUGCCGACUUCACUGUUGACCCCCCAGUUUUAAGAUUCAACUUUCCCAUAAAUCAAAGUUCUCUCUCUUCCUGCAACAAUAACUUUGAGGUAACCAAUCAGGUUGGGACUGGACAGUUUUCUGACUUCUCAAAUAUCCAGUACGCCAACAUCUCUGGUUCUGUUACUUCUGUAGACCCGGCUGCAGGUAUGAUCACCUACAGGCCCCAGCUCUUGUAUAAGUUCUCCUGCAAAUACCCCAUGCAAUAUCUGCUCAACAACACUCAACUGAACGUAGCUGGUGUGAGUCUGGCCAUAAAGGACAACAAUGGCAGCUUCAUCACCACGCUGAGUAUGCAGCUCUACAGAGAUCCACUGUACCAACAGCUAUUAACAGUCCCAGCCACAGGACUUGACCUGAAGACCAAGAUUUAUGUUUUAGUGAAAGCCACCAAUCUAACAGACAAGUUCAAUGUGCUGCUGGACAGAUGCUUUGCAACAACAAGUCCUCAUCCCAUGCAAAGCACCUCUUAUGACCUGUUUGUGGGGUGUACUCGGGAUGCACAGACUGUGAUUGACAUGAAUGGAUUGUCACAUAGAGCACAAUUCCAUUUUGAGGCCUUCAGAUUUGUGGAGCACAAAAAUCGGACAGUUUCCACUUUCUACCUCCACUGUGUCACCAGACUCUGUGAGGUGUCCACGUGUAGCUCAUUACUGCCAAACUGUGGCACCUCCCAACUAAGGAGAAAGAGAGAGGUCGAGGAUGUGUCGAACAACGCUACAAUCACCUCUCCCCCCAUAAUGGUUAGCAGUCAGAAAACUGAUCCAAAUUCUCAAGGUGUGAACAAUGCAGGCAGCUACAGUGGGCCUCUGGUGACUGUCAUCAUGUGCCUCGCCAUAUUUUCAUCACUGCCCUGACCAUAUACACCAGGAUGCACAUCAGAUGAAGAAAACAAAACUUCUAAUAUAUUCUGACUAAGACUCAAGUCCUUUUACUUAUCUCCAAAAUUGCUAGUGCAGUAUUUCAUCAUCUACAAUGCAUGACCAUUUUACAGUAGAUAAUAAAAUAAGUUAUGGGUAACAAUGGUAAGGGACAUCGUACAGUCGUCUUCAUACUUCUAUGUUGCUUUUCCAUUUCAUAAACAUAUUACAUGGUGGUUGGUGGUUAUCUAAGCAUGCAAUGUCAGCAUAAAUCACAUAUUUUUCAAUGUGGAGAUAAGGGCUCAGAAUAAUCUAAAAUAAAGUGUAUAAAUAAAUGAUUUAAAUCAAGUUGUCAAGAGUCUUAUUGAAGAUAAGGAAUGAAAUGGCACCUUGAGAAAUGGUGA